AUGGGAGUGGGUGCAAGUAAGAUUCAACCCAUUCCCCCAGUCGUCACUCCUUCACCCACCACACUAGGACUAAAGAAAUACCCUCUUAAAAAGCUGUUGGAUGAGAUGGAACCCAAGAAAAUGCUCUUCCUUGGUGCAAUGGAAGGCAGCGAGAACUUGAUAUUACGAGCAGUAACCCAUGGUGUUGAUGCAAAUGAUGUAGAUUCAAUAACAAAGAUGACGCCUCUACAUUACGCUGCCCGAUACGGCCAUACGCAUGCAUUAGAGGUCUUACUUAAACUUGGAGCCCAAGUCAACAUUCCAGAGAAAUAUGGCUGGCGUCCUGUGCACGAGGCUGCGAUGUAUGGAAGAACUGAAUGCUUAGACUUGUUACUGAGGUGUGGAUCUCACGUCAACGCAAAAACUGGCAAAACAACGAAAGGGAACACACCCUUGCAUUAUGCUGUCAAGUAUGGGCACCUAGAAACUGCACAGUUGUUGGUUGCCUGUGGAGCUAAAGUUAAUAAAUACAACGAAAAUCAUGAGGCGCCAUUACAUAUGGCAGCCAUGCGCAACGAACCGGAAUGUUUGAACUUCCUUCUUCUCAAUGGUGCUAAUGUCAAAGCCCGCACAGUACGAGACGUUGACGCAGCCUUCAUUGCGUCUACCUUGGGCUCGGUACCGUGCCUCCGUGUGCUCCUCAGACACGAUAUUGACCUGAAUGCCACCUAUCAAGGAGGGUAUACAUUGGCGCACAGCGCGGUGAUAAAUGGAAGGAUGGCGUUUUUGGAGACACUGAUAUCACAUGGUGCUGAUAUUGAACAUCGAACAUAUGAAAUAAAACUAACACCCUUACACAUUGGAUCCAGAGUGGGACAGACAAAAUGCAUCAAGGUGUUAUUAAAACAUGGCGCAAAUAUCAACGCUUUGUCGAUCCAGAAUUAUACGCCAUUACACCACGCCAUAAAGCGCUACCAGAAAGACGCUGCUGCAAUACUCAUCCAUGAAGGCGCUGACGUGAACGCGAUAACAGAGGAGGAAAAAUGCACCCCACUGCGCAUGUGCAUCCUGGCUAAAGACAAACAGACAGCCGAGCUACUGAUGAAAAAUGGUGCCGAUCCUACUAUCGAAGAUGUGAACCACAAAACACCAAUAAGAUUGGCUUACGACGAUGAAAUGAAGAAGAUUCUUACUAAAGACUAUUCUAAGAAAGAAGGACAAAAUACUUAA